ACAAAAAUCAAGGUAGGCGUUAGUACAAUAGAAAACCGUUUCCCCUCAUAAAAAUAUGAAUCACUUCACCUUUUGACACUUAUAUAGGGGUGAAAGAUUUCAGAGGGAACGUCAAACUCGAAGGAACCUACCAAAUUGGUAGCAAUGUUUAACGACAUACACAAUGACUUUAACUACAGAGUUCUCAAACUACAUCUCUCGUUCGGAACGAAAUCAACAAAGAUCCAAUUAUUCGUCUAAACAAAGAUAAUGGCUAAAAACGUUCAUUGACACGGAUAUAAGGUAGAAAGCGAGAACCGACAAUAAACAGAUUACUUUAAUUUUCGGAGAAGAGAGCGGAGUGUUGGUCAUCCUUGGAAAGAAACUAUUGCGGCCAAACCUGAAUCCGUAUUCUGUAAGAGUUUCAGCGAAGAUUUAAUGUAGGCUUGAUAGUACAAUAAAGACCCACCAGAAAGAGGUUUUGAAUAGAUCUCAAUUUUAGAACUUUCCAACGUGAUCGUGCUCAACUUUCACCAUAAUUUCACAACGAAGAUAAAGGAGCCGGUGGUAUUCUUCAUCAGAUAUACAAUUAGAAUGUGUUACUACACCAUCAACAAAGACGUCUAUGACAGAUGAACGACACAUUGUGACUUCAACGAAUAUUUGCUGUAUAUUAAAGGCAUCGAGAACGCUUGGAAAAUUGUAUGACUCAACAAAUUUAUACAGCUUUACCUUCCCUUGUGGUAGAAGUAUAACACCGUACUAGGCAUUAUAUUUGCCAAUUUAUUAUUUUUGUACUACUCAUAUUUCUACUAUUUUUGCAGAGUUCAUAGUUAUGUAAGAAUACUAUUGGUUGAUAUUUCCCAUGGUAACAUCUUUAAAAGCACCUGCACUUCUAUUGCGGUACCAUUUGGCAAUUGUAUCACCAAAAAAUUAAUAAAAUUGAUUUGUAAAUCAAAAUACAGUGUGGCUGCAUGUAGCAAUUACCAAGGUUUGUGACUAUGUGUAACCAGUGAGGCUAUGAUUUACAAUGACUAUGUGUAACCAGUGAGGCUAUGAUUUACAAAUUCGGGUUCCGUGAGGAUCCGGGUUAAAUAGGUCCUCAGUACCCCCAUGCUUCUCGUAAGUGGCGACUAAAUGGGGCGGCCCUUUGAAUGAGACCGCAAAAACCGAGGUCCCAUGUCACAGCAGGUGUGGCAUGAUAGAGAUCCCUCCCUGCUCUAAGGUCAUAGGUUUUGAGCAUAGGCCCAAAUUUCGUAGCUCUUCACCGGCAAUGGUGACGUCUCUAUAUGAGUGAAAAAUUUCUCCAGAGAGACGUUAAACAUUAUUAAACUAAACCAAACGAAUUCGGUCCGAAAAGCGAAUGUCUUUUGAUUCAUUUAACAAUAAAGUUUAGGAAAUACAUUAAAUAUCACAAUCGCAUUAAACUUAGUGCGCCAUUUCCUGCAAUAAUGAGGUAUAAUUAAAAUGCAAUCAAGGAAAAUAAAAAAAUGAAUUAAUCUUAGUAUUGUUGUUUUUUGGUGGUAAAAUUGUAUUGAUUUUUUUAGAAAACGAAAAAUCUAUUACAUGUGUAUAAAACUAUUGUCACAUAUCGAAAUGAGAUAAUACAUGUACAUUGAAGAGUAUUAUUAACCCUUGAAAGCAUAUUAUGUUUUACAUGGUCUACAGUUUAGUCAUCUCAAAUUUUGUUGGUGGGUGGUUCGGCUGGUCCAUCAGUCCGUACCUGUUACGAUAAAGAAAUAGGUUUAUUAAAUAAAUUGCGGCUGGAAUAUUUUGCUUUUAAAAACCGCGCUUGUCAGAAAAAAAUGAUUCUAUAUAUCCCCCCAUAGUUUGCAAUUUAGUUUUAAAUGAAUUACCACAUCCAUAUUCAUAUCAAGAAAUCAAGUAAUAAAAUAAAUCCGAAUGUAAACCUUAUUUCUAAAACAAAUUACUGGCAAAAAGGUUAUAUUAUGGGUAAACCCAGAUGAGAAAUAACACUAUUGUUCAAGUACAUUAAGUUUUAUUUUAUUGACAUGGAAUAGUAGACAUGUAUAUCUGUAUCCAUAUAUUUAUUUUCAAUCUAAUAAAGAGGGGCGAGGCCAGGUAUCUGGUUUCUUUUCAGUUUACGACUACCGACUGUAAGGUACAUGUAUUAGAUCCAAAGGCGCAUCGUGGCUAAGAGGUCAGGAGGAAAUUGUCACUAUACAUUCCACGGUGACAUGGCAUCAUCUCUGUAUACAGCUUUUUACAAACUGGAAACAAUUCUUGAAAAGAAAAUUGACCAUGUGACCUAAAAUUAAUUAUCGUCAUCUACUCCUUAUGCUAUACCAGUGUACCAAGUUUGGUGUCAAUCAAGCAAAUAAUUCUUAAAAUAUUGGAGACAAUAUAUUACUAUGUCCAGUUCAACCAUUGACCAUGUCACCUCAAAAUUAAUAUGGGUAAUCUCCUGACGAUGUACCAGUAGACUAACUUUGAUGUCUGUCAAGCAAAGGGUUCUCAAGAUAUUGAGUGGACAGUAUAAUUAUUACUAUGUCCAGUUUGACCAUGCGACCUCAAAAUCAAUAGGGGUCAUCUACUCUUUAGGAUGUACCAGUGUAACAAGUUUGAUGUCUGUCAAGCAAAGGGUUCUCAAGAUAUUGAGCAGAGAGUUUAUUCCUAUGUCCAGAGUAGAUUGACCCUUGACCUGAAAAAGAAUAGGGGUCAUCUUCUACUUAUAACCAACCCACAUAUGAAAUAUCAUUAUGAUUAAGUGAAUGGUUCUCAAGAUAAUGAGCGGACAACAUGUGGUCUACCGACCGACCGACAGGUGCAAAUCAACAUGCCCCUCUUCUUGGGGGGGGGGGGGGGGCAUAAAAAUGUUAAAAUGAAAUUGUGGCACCGAUAUACCCCUAUACGUGACGUGCCUAAAUUUGUGAAAAUCAUGACGUCUGGGUCAGUGGUUUUGGUGUUAGAGUGGGGCUUUUGGUGUGUUAGAGUGGGGCUUGGAAACUGAUGUCGACUUGUUGACUUUUCAGAUCUUAAUGUCGACUUGUCAGAAAAAGAUGUUGUCAACUGGAUGGCACAAACUGGGCAUGGACACGUUUUUAUGUGAAUUUUUAAACACGUGAAUAAGUGACAAGCUAAGUCGACAAUAAGAUCUGACAAAUCGACAUAAUUAUUAAUUACAAGUGGUGGCAGAAGUAUGCCACCAUACAAGUGGUGGCAGAACUAUGCCACCAUAAUUUAUAACCCCCUUACAAAGAUAAAACAGCAGUACAUUUAUGUCAGAGACAACACGUUUCCCAGAUUUUGAGAUCUGCCGCCAUAUCAAUAACUGAUAAAUCGCUGUCGUCACACUUGCUGGAGGUACUCUCUGGCCAAAGUUUAACCUUGUCAGCCUAGGGUAAUGGGCAGGCUCUUUGUUGAUAUCUUACAGUAAUUUAUGUUAAGUCCUCGCUAUCGAUCCAAGGCAAAAUUGCAAUUCUGUUUGUUUCCAUAUAAAUCAAAACAAAUAACAUGUUAAGGCGUAAAGAUUGUCAUUUAUUGAAAAUGACGAAAAUAUGUGAGUCCUAAGAAUAAAUACAGAGUCAAAUUGACUUAGAGCUGAAAUCGUUUAUCUUGACUGAUUGUAUAAUUAUGAAACAUGCAGUUAUGGGCAACCUUACGUAACUUCUUUGUCAUAAUUGUGUUUCCAGUGAACCUCAACAAUGGCCGACGUUCCUCAAAAUCGGGACCGGGAUAAGAAGAUAGGCAGGUUUCAAGAACUAUUCAGAGGUCGAUUUUCAAUAGCGCAAGCUCAGCGACUGUUGGAACAUCACCAAUGGAACCUACAAGAAACAGUGUCAUUUGUACUUCAAGAGGAACCAAGACGAAUCGCGGAAGUCUCCCAGAGCGAAAACGAAAGGUGGCAGGAAAUUUUAAAUAACGGAGUCUGGCGAGAGCUUGCCAAGCAGAGAGAAAUCCCGGGUAUUGAAAUACGACAAUUCGCUUGUGGUCCCUGUGAUAAGAUGUGGUGGAGACGAGUACCCGGACGAAAACUCGUUUCAAAAUGUUUUAGAUGUAGAAAGAGAUAUGAUGCUGUUCCCAAGGAAAAUGAGUGGGGCAUUGCUAAGUACGUCUGUGACCAGUGUAACAACGUCUUUAUAGGGUUUGGACAAAUGAAUAACUCUAAUAAUCCAUGCUACAAAUGUGGAAAUAUAGUACAACCUGACAAAAUAUUUCCUCCUACAAUGCGCAGAAAUGGGGAACGUGGACGCCACACGCAUUCCUGUUUCGCCCACAAUUGCUUUAACAGAGCACAAGGUGAAAUUCUCCCUGGAAUAUGCGUACAUCCAAGAUCGCUACCUCGGAAAGUAGUGACACCGUGCAAUCCACACAUCAGCAGUGGUUCUACAGUAGAUACAUUCCUCACUCAAGACGACUUAGUAUCCAUGAUAUCAGGCAGCUCACGUCCAAAUCUUUCAGAUAUUGAUGAAGACUAAUAAUUAAAUGUCCAGGGGUCCGUGUUUGCCCAACUAUCUAUUUUGUAUUGCUUGUAGGAGUUAUGAGAUUGAUCACUGUUCGUUAUCUUCACCUUGCAUGUACUCAGUUUAAAAUUGAAAGAUAUUCGCAUCUUUUAAAAAGUGAAAGUUGUAUUAAUUCAGGCAUGUCAAUAACAACUUAUUAUACCCCCCCGAACGAAGUUCAGGGGGGUAUAUAGGAAUCACUCUGUCUGUCUGUCUGUCUGUACGUCUGUCUGUCUGUGCAGAUUCGUAUCCGGGCCAUAACUUCUUUGUUCUUUGACUUAGGGAUACCAUAUUUGGCACACCGGUAGAUCACCAUGAGACAAUGUGUCGAUUACCUUCAUGACCUCUAUAUGACCUUGACUGCAAGGUCAAAAUUAAAAGUUUUUUUUUUUACAAUGGAUUCGUGUCCGGGCCAUAACUUCUUUGUUCUUUGACAUAGGGAUACCAUAUUUGACACAUGAGUGUAUCACCAUGAGACGAUGUGUCAUGUAAUUUCAUGACCUCCAUAUGACCUUGACCUCAAGGUCAAAAUUAAAGGUUUUUAUAUUGGUUUCGUGUCAGGACCAUUACUUCUUUGUUCUUUGACAUAGGCAUAUCAUAUUUGACACAUGAGUGUAUCACCAUGAGAUGAUGUGUCGGGUACCUUCAUGACCUCUAUAUGACCUUGAACUUUGACCUCAAGGUCAAAAUUGGUUAUAGGGGUUUGACAUACCAUAAGACAUGGGUGUAUCACCAUGAGAUUAUGUGUCAUGUACAUUCACGACCUUUUUAUGACCUUGGCCUUUGAUCUCAAGGUCAAAAUUAUAGGUUGAUGCCAUGGAUUUGUGUUCGGACUAUAUCUUCCAUUUUCUUCUACAAAGGCAUACCAUAUUUUUAAACUCAGGAAAGAGGUAAUUUUUACCUAUUAACAACACCCUUUUGGAGAUUGGGGUAAGCGGGGGUUAUUCUUAGUGAGCAUUGUUCACAGUACCUCUUGUUUGAUAUUAAUUCAGGCAUGUCAAUAUCAACUUAUUUGAUAGAGCACUCAAGGUGAGUGUGAAUGGUCAGCGUGGGAUGCUUACUCCUCUCGUACACACGAUCUUACCUCUGGUGUAUACUGUGGUGCAUGUUUGCCCUUCUCUCAAUGUCUUGUAUUCUUAUAAUUUAAAAAAUUCAGACUGAUAUAGCAGUGAUAUUGAGUUUACAUUGCGUUUAUUGCAUAAGGGAAGGGGAGUCGGUAAUUAUAAAUGUUGAAACCCGUCGCGGUAGCUCAGUGGCAGAGCGUUCACUUCAUAAUUGGGAGGUGGUGAGUUCGAACCCCGCUCGUAACAUGGCCGCGUCAAACCUACAUGUAAGACAUAAACAUAAGUAGUGAUUGCUCCGCCAAACGCUCGGAUUUCAGAAGUGAGAAUCACUGGUCAUUCAGAGACCGUAUAGUGGGUUAUUUCCGCGGGUCUAAAAUUUGGCGAUUUGCUGGCUCAAAGAUAUGCUAAUAAUUUUAGCGCAAUAAAUUUUGGCGGUGAAGGAAGAGUUAUCUCACUUGCAAGUACUGAAGUCGCAAUGGUGCAGAUUUGGCGAGUGAAAUUUUGGCGGAAAGCUAUCUAACCGCUAAAAUAAGCCAAAAUUAUAACCCCGCAGAAAAAAAAACCCCGCUAUACGGUAUGACCUCAAAAACGGAUGUCCCAUUUUGCGGUAGGCGUUGGCACGUUAAAGAACCAUCAUUGCUACGACCGUACGCGCCAAGCAUAGGUCUAGAUUUGUGGUACUUCAACUACAACUGGUGAUGUCUCAAUGUGAGUGAUUUUUUUUCGACGGGAUGUACUACAACCAAACAACCAAAUGUUGUUACUAUUUGUGCAAUAUAUUUUACAUUACGAAGCAACAUACCAAAUUGUAUUCCAUCGUGCAAGGCAUAACAUUUGCCAAUUUUUGCAAUUUAUUAUUUCUGUACUACUCGUAUUUCUACUAUUUUUGCAGAGUUAAUAUUUAUGUAAGAAUGCUAUUGGUUGAUAUUUCCCAUGGUAACAUCUUUAAAAACACCCGUACUUCUAUUACGGUACCAUUUGUAUCACCAGACAUUAAUAAAAUUGAUUUGUAAAUCAAAA